GAUGGAUGUGGAUUAUUUAUCUUGCAGCAUAUCAGUUUUUGUAAAGGAAGGGGAUUCCAAGUGAACAAGUAAAACAUGCAGAUCGAGAGCAGACGAAACGCAUCGUCUAUUCUGUGAUUUAUGGAGCAGGUAAAGACCGUCUUGCUGGAUGUCUGGGAAUUACUCCACCUGAAGCCAGUCGGUUUAUAGAGAGUUUUUUGCAAAAAUACAAGAAAGUCCAUGACUUUACCAAGAAAACUAUUGAACAAUGCCAGCAUAAAGGCUAUGUGGUUUCCAUCAUGGGACGUAAAAGACCCUUGCCAAAUGUUAGUGCACAGGACUACAGGCUACGGACUCAAGCAGAGAGGCAGGCUGUCAACUUUGUUGUCCAAGGAUCUGCAGCUGAUCUUUGUAAAAUGGCCAUGGUUGAGAUUUUUACUUCUGUUGCCAUGUCUCCAACUUUAACAGCCAGGUUAAUUGCCCAAAUUCAUGAUGAGUUGUUGUUUGAAGUGGAAGAUUCUCAAAUUCAGGAGUUUUCAGCACUUGUAAAAAGAACAAUGGAAUCUCUGCAACAAAUCAAAGCCUUAGAAGUGCCACUGAAGGUCCCCUUGAAAGUGAUUCUCACCACUGGAAAAUCAUGGGGAUGUAUGACAGAAUUACAGAAGAUGUAAACCAGCCAUCAGGGACGGUAUUCAAUACCCGCACACCUCAUUGGCCUAUGCUGAUUCCUCACUGAAUCACUAGGCAACAGCUCUGCAGGAUCUUUCAUAAGCACCUAAUACUCUGCAUGUGAAUUUUUUUCUUCAUUUUGUCUGUAGCCCUAGGCAACAGCAGUAAGAUAAAACUGGAUUUUACCAGUUCAUUGUGAUUCUUUUAGCCAAGGUAACCAGCAGGGAGCUGCUUUUGUUCAGAGCUAAAUUACUACAUGUAAGAAAUGAAGCAAGACAAUAUUAACCCUUCAGGGAGCAUAACAUUCAUCUAAUUCAUAGACACAGGCUUAACAUUAAAUAUUUUGUCAGAUGCUUCUACGAAUGCAGGAUAACUGAAAAUCCUGCCAACGAUACAGGUUUAAACAUAUCAGUAGUUGCUCCACCGUUACGUUCAGCAUUCUAGCUGAUAAUGUUUGAGCAAGGUGUCCGUUUGCUUCUUACAAGGUUUCUUACAGGCCCCGAAUGUGCAAAUGUCCAAAGACAAAAACGUUUAUAACGUAUUGAUGACAUCUUCCACAGAUCUAGGAAAGCUUUCUUCAGAAGCAAAUUAUUUUUCAACCUUUAAAUGUCUGUAAGUGUUUUAAUAAGAACAAAUAGACAGAUAUUGGAUGCUUUAAGACUUUUUUGAAAACCCUGUUUCUGGUUAGGCAUGGUUAUCUUUAAACUCAAGUUAUAUGCAGUAAACCAGUCAUAUGCUAGGGUGUUAAUGGGGACUGUAACAGGCAUAUUUGCCUAAUUUAUUAUUUAAGCUACAGAUAUAUUGAUAAGUAUUUGUUUAUCAUAAAGUCUAUUUAUGGUUUAAAGUCAUAUGGUUUUAUGGUUUAAAGUAAGUUUGACUUGUUUUUAUGUUUUAAUGUUUUGUUGUUGAUAUUUUGGCUUGAUUUGGUCCUGUUCAAUAAAUGAGACGUUUAUUGCAGCAUUACUUAAAGCCUUGUCCCUCUUUAUUCUUCUGGGAGCUACAGG